CAUUCCCUCCCACCGCCCCACUCUCUAGCUCGGUAGCCAUGGGGUCCCUCAUCGGCCAUGUUGCGCCGGGAGCCGGUUUCCUCCUCAUCGGCCUGUGGCAUCUCUUCAACCACAUCCGUCUGCUGGCGCUGAGUCCCAGCUCCUACGUCGCGCCGGUCUGGUUCCCGUUCCCGGCGCGGGGCCUCCGGCACCUCGAGCUCAUCCUCAUCAUCGUCGGGUCGUCGGCGUCCAUCUUCAUGGAGCUCUUCGGCAGCCCCAGGAAGCACCAACCGUUCGACGACGACGGCACCAUCCCCUCCGUGCACCUCCACAACCUGGAGCACGCGUCCAUCUCGCUCGCGCUGCUCCUCUUCGCCGCGGCCACCCUCCACAUGGACAGGGUCCGGGCGCCCAUGCGGGACGCCGUCUCGCAGCUGGUCGCCGCCGCGGCGCUCGCGCAGGAGCUGCUCAUGUUCCACCUCCACUCCACGGACCACAUGGGCGUGGAGGGGCAGUUCCACUGGCUGCUGCAGGCCGUCAUCGCGGUCACGCUCGCCGCCACGCUGCUGUGGUUCGCCUGCCCUGGGAGCUUCGCCGUGAGCCUGGUGCGGUCCGCGAGCAUCGUUUUGCAGGGCGUCUGGUUCAUCGUCAUGGGCGUCAUGCUCUGGACGCCGGGGCUCAUCUCCAAGGGAUGCUUCAUCAACCUCGAGGAAGGCCACAACGUUGUCCGCUGCCGCACCGACGAGGCGCUCCACCGCGCAAAGUCCCUCGUCAACCUGCAGUUCAGCUGGUACCUCACCGCCACCGUGCUGUUCGUCGUCGUGUUGUACCUCCAGCUCACCAAGCUGUACCACGAGGAGCCGCGCUACCUUCCGCUGGUGAAGACAAGCCACGCCGACGGCAGGUCCGGAUCUGUCGAGGACGAUGACGGCGACGAUGACGACGACCACGUCGAGGCCGCAAAGCGUACCUUCGGUCACGGUCACGUGGUCAGCGGCACACAUUAAGCCCAUGCAUGCAUGGAGACCGAGAAAUAAUUUAAGCUGUACGUGAGAUGGGGCAACGGGUCUCGAGUCAGGAUGGCUCCGUGGAUUGGUGUAACUCUGUAAACUGCGGAACGUAGUUCAGUGUUCGGAUUGGUGUGGUGGUGGAUGACC